AUGGCGCUGACUAAAUUAAUGAGUGCGAUCCUCACCAGAGCGCUGUUUAUUUUAGUUGCUGUCAUCGGAGUGUUGAGGGUGGCAUCGGUUAAGAAUGAUAACAAUUACUUGUUUCUGGCUUUUCUUUUGUUGCCGCUUGUUGUUGAAAUGAUAGUAACACUGAAGAUGCGAAAAGGACAGGAUUAUAAAUGGUUUUCCCCUCCUAUCUUUCUGUUCCUCAUUACUAUUAUUCCCUCGAUCUGGAUUCUGGAGAUACAACACCAGCAAGACAAAGCCAGCGAUCUAGAGUGCAAUAAACUAGAUUCUAUAGAAACUUUGCAAAGACUGCUGAAUCGAAGCACCGAGCAGGGAAACACCACAAACCAGAAUUUACUUAAGAGGUUGUCCACUGUCUGCGCGAAUGACUGGAUCCUGGCUCUUCACCAGAUCGUGCUCAUCCUCCUCAUUGUGGGGAAGUGGCUUCUGCCUUUGGGAGGCGGGGUCACAAAAGAUGAGUUGUCUCAGCUUCUUCUAACUUUUGUUGGCACUGCAGCGGACAUCCUGGAAUUUACUAGUGAGACGCUGUCAGAUGUAAAAGAAAAAAAUCCUGCCAUGGUUUACGUCAUCUUAGCUGUGUGGACCUGGAGCAUGUUGCAGUUUCCACUACAUCUAGCAGUGGUGAACACCAAAUCUGAUGAAGAGAAUGGCGGAGAAGAUCGAGUUGUCCGGGAAACCUUCUUUAUUAAACACAGCACUGAUAUUUGGAGUAUCAUAGAGACCCUCUUUAUCCAGGAUGGGCCUUUUCUGUUGGUCAGGCUGACUGUCAUUAUCCACUUCAGAGUCCUCCACCAGAUGCUUGGUUUCUUUGCCAUCAAGAACGGCCUAGUGAUCACACUGAGCUUGUACAGGUUGGCCAUUAUAUUGCUGGACUACAGACAUUCCAUGGGCAACAAUGCAGAGGCAGUGCCGAUGCAUGAGUCAGAUGACAGACGUUGCAGCCACAGCAGCACUGAGGCAAUAGCGAUCCAUGAGUUAGAUGAGCUAUGCGACAGACCUUCCAGCCACAACAGUGCAGAAGCAGUGUCGACCCAUGAGUUGGAUGACAGACGUUCCAGCCACAACAGUGAAGAGGCAGUGCUGACCGAUGAGUUAGCUCUGGUAGAUAAAGAGGAAUCUUAGAGUGAGAUGUAUUACGCUAAACAUUUAAAACCUUUUAAAUUCAAAUGGCAAAAACUAUCACUGAAGCAGGAAAAGAAGG